CGAUUUAGCGCGAAAUUUCAUUCAGAAGAUUUACACUCUAGCUGUUAACACGUACUACUUAUCAACAAUCCAAGAUGUCUGGACGAGGAAAAGGCGGAAAGACAAAGGCCAAGUCAAAGAGCCGAUCAAACCGUGCAGGACUUCAGUUUCCAGUCGGCAGAAUCCACAGGCUUCUCAGGAAAGGAAAUUAUGCUGAGCGGGUUGGAGCUGGUGCCCCAGUGUACCUGGCCGCUGUCCUGGAAUAUUUGGCGGCUGAAGUCUUGGAAUUGGCAGGAAACGCAGCCAGGGACAACAAGAAAUCCAGGAUCAUCCCUCGUCACCUUCAGCUAGCCAUCAGAAAUGACGAGGAGCUGAAUAAACUGCUAUCAGGAGUGACGAUCGCCCAGGGUGGAGUACUGCCAAACAUCCAGGCCGUACUUCUGCCCAAGAAGACUGGAGCUUCCAAGGGGAAAUCCUCCCAAUCCCAGGAGUUCUAGACAUUUGUAGAACUUCUAACACUUAUCAACGGCCCUUUUCAGGGCCAACCAAUCUGCUCAAAAAGCUUUCGAAAGACCUCGAAAUACGCAUUACUGCCAGCUGGUGUGCUGGUGCUAGCCGACUAUGUCGGUAUAUAUAUAGACUUGCUGACGAUGGCGGUUGUGUCUAAACGUUCAAAUGAACGAAUGUGCAGACAGUUUGUGUUUAUCUUCGAUUCACUGACAUCCGUUUUGAAGACUGCACUAGUCUUGUCUUUAUUUUGAUCAUGUGACUAAUGUAAGAAAAUGUUUCAUUUCAAAAAUAAUUACCAGUGCAGUAGGUAUGGACGAGUGGUCUGAUCAAUGAUAUCUGGACAUGUAUAGAUCAAAAGUAAAUGAACACCACUUGCUAAUCUCGUGACAUGCAGUAUAUUAAACAUUUGUGAUAAUUCCAUAAUAUGUAGAUCUACUAGAUAAAUUCCUACUUUAAAAGAAAGCGAGUAAUAUUAUUUAUUAUGAAUGCACAGCAUUAAGAUGAAAAUUGCAUGGAGAUCCGUUCUUUCACCUGAAAAUACUGAUUUGGAUAAUGAAUCUUGUUCAGUAAUAUUGCUUAAUCAUUUUGUACAAAUAUGUUAAAUGCACAGACGAGAACCUCUGCCAACCAGCAGCAUCCGCCCUUUAUCUUAUGAAUGUCGCAGAAGAAAAUUUGUUCUGUUUUUACAAUGCUGAUUUUUUGCCUGUUCCUUGGUCAUCAUCUUGCUGCAUAAUCUGGAAAUAAUCUUUGUGCUAACUUAUUUCUGGUCAAAUAGUCGAGCCAAUUUUUCGGGGAAAUAACCUCAUCUGAAAUACAAUAUUAAAAGCAUGGGGUUGCUGGCUGUAAUCGUCUACUUCUAGAUAAUUUUCUCUUUGUGACCAACUUCAAAUUAAUCUGCCUCCCUGCAGAUUUAGAUAAUCAGAAAAAGGGUUGAUUACUCAGCCGAUAAAACAUUGGGAACUUGUGGAUAAGGGAAGAAUAGCAUUAGCUUAUCGGACACCCGAGUCACCUUAUCAUAAACUGUUCCCUUCAAAUUCUUAUACCAACAUUAGCUAAGGAGGAUAAGUCUAGAAAUAUGUAACUUGUGAUUUACAUGUUUUCGUAAUUUCCAAGCUAGUCCAGAACACCCAUUUCUAAAUAUUGACCAGUCCAAGACUUUGAUUUAAUGGGUACUUGUAUGAGUUAGUCCAACUGGAAACUCGAGAUCACUUGAUCUUGUUCAGAGCAUGAACCAGUGAAUAAAAUUGAAAGAUUCCACUUA